GCGAGUGUCGCAAAGGGGGCGUGGCCAGUGGCGGUCAGGGGGCGUGACCCGGGCGCGCUCUGGGGGCAGGCGGGGGGCGCGGACGGUGCCCGCGGUGCGCGGGAUGGAGUAGCGCCCUGCCCGGAGUUGUCCCGGCGCUCUCGGCCAGAUGCCCCCGGUCCGGCAGUGGAGCGGAGGCCUCGCAGGGGCCGCUCCGCCACCCGCCGGGGUUCGCUCCCCGCGGGGCCGCUUGGUGUCACCCGCGCUCCGUGGCCGGGCCUGGCUCUCACUCGGCGUCGCCCGCGGGCGCGCCGCGGCUCUGCGCAUGCGUCACUACCCCGAGUCGCGGGGUUGCCAUGGUUACCGCGACCCGGAAGUGCCGUCGGGGGGCCAUGGCCGCCCCCAGCCCCGAGCCGGCAGCCGCGGCCCGAGGGGGCCCCCGCGGCCCCGCCGCCCCCUGAGGCCCUCCCGCCCCGUGAGGCCCUCCCGCCGCUCUCCCACCAUGGCUCGGGGGGCCGGCGAGGCGGCCGCGGAGGGGGAGCUGGGGGAUGAGAGCCUGUCUGUGAUAACCUGCGAGUCUGACACAGCCCUGAAGUUAAAGAAGAAGGUUUUUCACAAGCCUCCAAAGUCACCAAAGUCUCCCUACAGCUCAAGCACACAACUGUAUCCUAAAAAAGCUUCAGCUUGGAGAUCUCUGCAGGGCACAGGCACUGCUUGUUUGGAGGAUGCAGCUGUUAAAAACUCAAGGCAGAUGUGGCUGGGAUUUCUGAAACAAGGAAUGAGCCACGCUCUGAAAUCAGAUGCUGACACGGGGCACACGCGAGCCAACGUUUCCAGUAGCACUCCAGAAUAUUUGAAGGAAGCUCUAGGAAUGAAAAAGCCGAAACAUUCUCGUUCUUCCAGAAAUGGCUACAUUCCUGGAACUCCUGACUACAAAGAGAAAGAAGAUAUGUAUGAUGAAAUUAUAGAACUGAAAAAGACAAUACAAGCUCAGAAGAAUGAGGGAGACCGAAUGAAAACGAAGCUGCGUCGACUGGAGGAGGAGAACAGUAGAAAGGAUAAACAGAUUGAACAACUGCUGGAUCCUUCCAGGGGCUCUGAGCUGGCACGAGCUUUGUCAGAAAAGGAGGCUGAUAAUGGAGGGGUGGUUACUGGAUUAAAGCAGAAGAUUGUCAAGGUGGAAGAGCAGUGCAAGGAGAAAGACAAUGUUAUUAAUGAGUUCCAGGCAGACAUGAAGAGCAGUAAUUUGGAAGAAGUGAGGUUAGCCAUGGAAACCUACUAUGAGCAGGUUCAUCGCCUCCAACUCCUGCUGGCCAAGUCUGAGACUAUGAGGAAAAAUGCAGAGGGCAGAGACACCCAAAAACGACUGAAGGCCCUGAAUGCUGCUGUGCUGAGGCUGUCCAGGAACAUCAAGGAAUUGCAGGCUGAGAAUCAGAGGCUGAAGGAAGACCUGGGCCAUGUGCUGAGCAGUUCCCCUGCUCCCAGUAAAGCAAAAAAUUAUAACGAGUGGAGCAGACAGAGGCUGGUGAGGAAGAUUUUGGAUCUAGAAAAAAAAGUGUGUGCCAUGGAGAGCAGCAGGGUGUCCUCAGCUGAUAGUGAAGCAUCCCAAGGCCUUGCUGGGUCAUCUUCACUCUCUGUGGACCUGGAUCAUGCAGCAUCCCAACAUUUAGACCAUGGUGAGGAAUGCUGUCACCUCCAAAGGCUGGUGAAGGAACUGAAGAGUGAUAAGAAGGCACUUCAGGAUCUCCUGCUCAGUAAAGAAUUAGAUAUCAAGCAGUUACUGCAGGAUAAGGCUGAAGUGGAGCUGGAGCUGCAGAAGUGGCAGAAGAAAAUGGAAGAAAAGAGUACAGAAGAGCAGACUUUAAGCAAGGAAAUCCAGAACCUGACACAGAAAGUAGAAAAAUUGGAGUUAAAAGUGGAGGAAGAGAAAAGACAAAUGGCAGAAGAUACAGUGGAAAAGCCUAAUAAGGCUCCAGCAGCUACAGGCAAAGAAAAUCACAGGAAAGAACAAGCAGCCCAAAUUAUCCAGAGGUGCUGGAAGAUGUACAAAACCAAGAAAGAAAAAAUUGCUCUGGAUGAGGCAGUUGUGGUGCUCCAGGCAGCCUUCAGGGGACAUUUAUCUCGACAGAAAGUGCUGCUGGAUGUCGGGGUGCCUGCAGAGCCCCCCACCCAGAACUCCUGCCUGUCUUCCAUGUCAGACUCCUUGAGCUUUUCUUCUGAUUGCAAGGAGAGAGAUGAGAUUGUGACAUUCAUCCAGUCCAUUUUCAGGGCUCACUUAGCACGUGCAGGACUGCUUCAGGAGAGGCCCUGUGUGCCCAGUGCCCCCAGUGGGAAAGCAGAUCCUGCAGUUUACACCCCAGAGAAGCAACCAGGCUCAGCAGCACUCCAGAGACCUUCAGUCCUCACGUCUCCUCUCCCUGGCAGGUCCUGCUCUGCUCCCUGGGUGCCCCUGGAUGAGGCUCACUCUGAUGAUGAGGAUGAUGAUGAUGAUGAUGAUGAUGACGUUGUUGUCCCUCCCUUGCUGCAGAUGAAGAAAAGCUACACGCACUUCUAAGGUUUGGUAACAGGCUCUGGUGAUCCUGACUUAUUUGGUUCACCAACAGAGCUAUUUGUACCGAGAUCAAGCAUAUCAAAGAUGGAAAAAGGGGAAUAUCAGCCCCUUUUUAAUGACACUUCACAUGAUUUCAGCCACAAAUGAGUUUGAUCUGUUGUCUCUGCAGACUUUAUGGCUAAAAGCCUCUGACUGACUGUUAACCUUACCCUCCUCAUACACAGAGAGUUUGGAUUUAAAAACUCAACCAAAACGCUUAAAUGUUUUGGUUCACAAUGAGGAUUGUAAAUUCAGUUGCCAAAUUUAAAUGAAAGCAAUAAAGCCUUAAGGUAUUUAAUGUCAAACAAAGUUUUGUUUCAGGUCAAGUAAAAUAAUUUCUUUAAUCAGAAAGUGGUAAAUGACAUAAUUCCAGUUAAUAAAUACAGUUUUUAGCCUGUGUAUGCAAAGGGGUACAACUGUUAUCUGUGCUUUACUAUUUAAUUUUUUUACUGUGUCAUAUUUUAAUAUCUUUUCUGUUUAUUUUUAUAUUGAACAUUUACAGUCUGUGCAGACCUUGUAAAGGCUUUUAGAAAGCCAUUUCUUUGUCAUAGGGCUAUUCUAGGCCCACUGUAUCAGCUGGAUUUUCUUAUUUAUUGUUGUUUUCCAUGUGUGUGUUUGAUGUGUGUGGUACUGUUUUGUGUCGAAAUAUCUGAUGACAUAAUCAGCUUUUGGGAUUUAUCAGGGCAAGUAUGUAAUAGCAGGAGUGUGCUGUGAAGGGAUACCCUUGUGAGUGUUUUUUCUGCUUAAAAAGUCACAAAUUAUGUGUGUUUUGCAGGGUUAACUCUUAAUGUGUAAAAGUUCUUGACAGAGGAGAUAGAACUGUCUGGAAUGUUCACCUGACUGCAUUGCUCAUACCUAAUGCAGGCAGUUUGGGGUGGGAGCAGAAGUUGUAGGCUGGAUUAUAACAGAAAUCAGGAUCCAGAAAAAGCACUCACAGUAUAAUUAUCUGUGGAAAGACCAAAGGCCUGAUGGGCUGCUGAGGAUUUAAUCAGAGGGGGUCUUUGCAGAUCUCUGCAGACUGUUCUUUUGACUGGAUAGUUCCUACUGUUGUACCAACAACCUUCAAAGACAUUGAAAUGUGUGGGGGUUUUUUUAAGGUGAACUAGAUAAAUCAUGAUACUUAUUGGAAGGGAAAUUAAUUUUACAAGCACGUGGUGAAGGUUUUCUGGAAACACUAAUGGUUUCUUUGUCACCAAAGAGUAAUAAAGUCUCCUGUAAACAGAAAGCACACUCUUAAAUAUGAGAUUCUUAUCACCUUUUCUAAAUUAAAAAUCAGUCACCACUGUUUCUCAGAAUACCAAUAAGUCAGGGCUGUCUGAGUUGUGUGAUUUCAAUGAAGCACUAUCUGAGGCUUAUCAUAGUUUGUGCCAGUUCUUGCAGCCAAAGAGGAAACUGGAUGGCUGCAGCACAAUGCAGCUGAUUUCAUUGAAUCCCAGCGGUGGAAAUGCUGCCUGUGCUAUUUCCAAAGGCAGUUUUGGGAGCUCUCCAUACCCAAAGCAGUCUGAAGAAUGUCAUUUGCACUCCCACUGGGUAAAUUCUUCCUGCUGGUGCUUUGGUCACAUGACUGGCAUCUGCAGGAAGGAUAAAAAAAUAUUCAUAAAAGAAAAGGGAUAGACUCUUUCUGGUAGAAGCUGGGAUCUGUUUCCUUCCUUUUCUGGAAGUCAGGUUGAGAAGGGUCAUUUUGCUAAAUGGAAGCAGUCUGUUCUGAGUUGUUGUGUAUAAUAUUUCAGUUUGUAACUGUGACUCUGUCAUGGAUCUCUCCAGAGAGUAACCAGAGAUGAGGUCUGACACACUAAAGGCAGAGUGUGUAAUGUGUCAGGACCAAGGCUGAUACCAAAUACCUGCCUGGCUGUCAUCCUGUAGGGAAAUACUGGGGCAGCAAAUGCAAUAAAGAAAACAUUCUUUUACUUUUCUGUGCUGUAAUGAGCAGUAUAACAGUAUUAGGAAGUUGAUACAGAGCAGAAAGGCUCGUGUUUGACCAGCAGCAGCACUGUCAAUAGACAAAUCCUGGCAUAAAUGGGAGACAGGACCUUGGGAUGACCCAGACACAGGCAGAAACCGGGGUGAAAAGGAGCAAAUGUCUUCUGGGAUGAAUCAAAAUGCAUCUAAAACUUUCUAAAUUUAUGGAUGCUAUCUCCCAGCUAUCAAAAAUCUGAUACUAACCUUGAGAUGGCCUUCAAACUCAUCUUAUACUUUGGAAGAUAAUUAUGUGUUCACUACACAUCAGAAGUUUGUACAGUAGGAAGAGAAGCCUGCACACUCUUAGCCUUAUCUGUUGUUCUGUUGUGCACUGUGGUGGAAUGUGUUGGAGGGAGCAGUGGCUGACACUAGGUUUGCUUCUGUGGUUAUCUAUGUGAAUGCCAGCACCCAUAAAUCUGGGAGGAAGUGUAGCACAAAGAAAGAAGAAAAAGUUAAUUUUUGAAUAAAUGACAUUUUUCCCCAACAGGGAGCUGAGGAUAGUAAAAGUCAGUGUGGCUCAAACCUGCCAAGGUAGGCCCAAUAAAAACACUGUUUCUGGAAAACACCUGUAGAAAGCCCUGGAAACCUUGUGGGAGUGUCAAGGUCUUGAAUUAAAAUUAAACUCUCCUGUAUCCUGUGUAAUCUAAAAGCACACUUUCCAUUCUGUCAACAUGGAAUAAUGUUUCCGACUUCAAACCUUCUGCAGUUUGCAGCUGUUAGUUACAGGUUGUGUGUGAGUGCAGAGAUCUGACUUUAAUGGGAUGUUAUCUCUCUUGAUCUCUUUUUGCCCUUAAGUGCCUUUGCCUGUAAAUCUUUACUGAGGCAUCAAGACCUGCAAACUGUAUUGUUUCCUGCAUAGCUCUAAAAAUAAUCCCUGCACAGGCAACUUGUAAUGUAGUCAAAAUGGAAAAGGAUUAAUCUUGGCAUAUGAGAGCACCAUUAAUUUUUAUGAUCUUUUUAAUAUUUAGAACUGUACAAGUAUUUUAUAUAAUUUAUUUUGGGAUCUUUGAAAAGCUGAAACAAUUGCAAUGUAAUUUCUAUGAACUGUUGAAUUUUGAAAUAAAGUUUAUAACCGAA